AUGGCUACCCCUAGUGACCUUGCUUCUGACGCUGAGGGUCGGGCCAUUGACUUUAACGUCUGGGUAGAUGACCUGCAGCUUUUCCUACAGUGCGAUAGGGCAGACGGUCUCUCCCUCUUUGACCUCACUUUUGGUGCCUCUCUGGUGCCUCUCCUGCCCCUGCUGCUAAUGCCGACGCCACUGGGUUGUUACCCCUCCCCCCUUUUGCCCUCUGUUGCCUCUACUGCUACGGUCGACCUCGUUGGGCUUGAGUGGGUCGGUGCGGCGCCUACCCCUAGCGGGAGACGCCGCCCUGGCAAGGGCAAGGGGGGCAGGGGCGCUGGAGGAGCUAGCGGGGGCGGUGGAGGAGGCGGUGGAGGGGGUGGGGGUGGCGGUGGGGGUGGUGGCGGGGGUGGAGGUGUCGGUGGCGGCAGUGGAGGCGUAGGCGGCGGCGGCGGUGGCGGUGGGAGCGGAGGUGGCGGAGGUGGCGGCGGUGGAGGAGGAGGUGGCGGAGGAGGUGGAGCUGGUCGGGGUGGCGCUGCGCAGAGGGUCGGCUCUGGUGGUGGUCAGCGCCAGCAGCAGCAGCAGCAGCAGCGCACUCGUGACAUCCCCCCCCCUCAGCAGCUCCGUGAGUGGUACGUUGCACGCCAGCGGGGUGGGGGUAUUGGUCCGUGCACCUACGUCCUACGCACCGGCGACCGCGCAGGUGGGCAGUGCGGGGGUGCGCACUCCACCCAGCGCUGCUUUGGCCGCCUGACGGACGCUUGGCGUCACCAGUUCCCGGAGGCCACUGAGAUCCCCCGCUGGGGCGAGCUUUCUAGGGCGGGAGUAGCUGUCUUUGACCUUGACUUUGAUGCUAUACUUGCUGCCAUGUAUGCUGUGACUAUUAGUGAUGAGGGUGACUGUUACCGGUGUUUUCCACCCGACCCGGGCAAUGAGACUGCUGCUCUAGGUACUGGUGAGGCUGCUGCUCUAGGUGCUAGCGAGGCUGCUGCUCUAGGUGCUCGUGCGUCUGCUCCCUCAGAUGCUGGUGAGUCUGCUCUCUCAGGUACUGCGUCGGCUUCGGCCUCCUACACCUUCACCCUUGACUCGGGGGCUUCUCGCUCCUUCUUUCGAGACCGCACCACACUCACGCCGCUUGGCCGGCCAGUUGCAGUCUCUCUGGCAGACCCCUCUCGGGGUCCUGUCCUUGCUCACUACUCCACUAUCCUCCCGUGUCCAGCGGCCCCCUCUGGCAACCUGUCUGGUCUUUACCUCCCCUCGUUCUCUACGAACUUGGUGAGUGGUGCUGACGUGGUCUCCUGA